AUGAACUUCGUAGAAGAGAGCACGCUGCUUGAUCACCUGAUCAGUCCUGAUUCAGCCAGAGCUGUGUUCAAGCUGGAGGAUGCAGAGAGGCAGGGCACAGUGGAGAACAGCGGCAGACCUCACCUUGCUCAGGUAACUGAAGCACCAACUACCUCUGACCGAACGGAGCACCCUGCCCAUCACCAUGUGUUUGUGAGGACACAGAGAGAGUCCUCCAUUGUACAAUGUGAGAUCCAACUUGUGGGCCCCUACUGUUCCAGGGAGAUCCGAGCUCUAGAGAAACAGAGAGGAGAGAGAGGGGGUGACAGAGGGCUUCUGACUCUGUGGUUUCAGUUGCUUCCAGCAGUGGUGCAGCACUGGACUGGCGUUGGACAGGUGUUGGACUGCCGUUGGACAGGUGUUGGACAGCCGUUGGACAGCAGUCGGACUAACUGGCAUUGGACUGGCGUUGGACUGGCGUUGGUUGGUGCGUGCGUGCAGCGUGGCGGUCUCUGUUCCCAGAUCAGCCAUGAUGGUGCUACAGAUGACAGGCGUUUGAGACAACAACGAAUGGCUUCCACAGGGAGCGCCCUCCGCAUCCCGGGGGACGACAACCUGCAGUCCAUGCUGGUGGGGACAAUCAUGAGGAAAAUAAAGUCCCGAACCUGGAAGAAGCAGCGCUACUUCAAACUGCAGGACGACUGCAUGACCAUCUGGUACAAGUCCAAGAAGGCUGGGAACUCCCACUCUACAUUUUCGGUGAGUGACGUGGAGGCGAUCCGAGAGGGUCACCAGUCCGAGGUGCUGCUCAGCAUUGCAGACGAGUUCCCAGCCGAACGAUGCUUCACGCUGGUGUUUCGUGGUCGCCGUGGCAACCUGGACCUUGUGGCUGAGUCCGUGGAGGAAGCCCAGUCCUGGAUCCGAGGAAUCAGGAAGCUGAUGGAGAACCUGGAGAACAUGGGGGAGCGCGAGAGACUCGACCAAUGGAUCGGCGACUGGUUCAGGAAGGCAGACAAGAACAACGACGGGCGGAUGAACUUCAGGGAAGUUCGAGACCUCCUGAAGAUGAUGAACGUGGACAUGAACGAGCACCACGCUCGUCGCCUCUUCACGAUGGCUGAUAGGUCCCAGUCGGGGACGCUGGAGGACGACGAGUUUGUGCUCUUCUACAAGAUGUUAACCCAGCGGGAGGAUGUGCUGAGGGUGUUCCAGCAGUACUCGCUGGAUGGCCAGACGCUAUCCCAAAGGGACUUGGAGGACUUCCUAAGAGACGGCCAGCUGGAAGGGGACGAUGUCCAGCAGCACGCCAAGACGCUCAUCCAGCAUUACGAACCCUCCGACACAGCCAAGCUGCUGAACGCCAUGACGUUUGACGGCUUCUUAAUGUACCUCGGCUCCCCUGAGGGCUCCAUCUUUAACCCACGGUGGCGGGAAAUCUUCCAGGACAUGAACCAGCCGCUGUGCCACUACUUCAUAUCCUCCUCCCACAACACCUACCUGAUGGAGGACCAGCUCCGUGGACAGAGCAGUGUGGAGGGAUACAUCAGGGCUCUGAGUCGGGGCUGUCGCUGUGUGGAAGUGGACUGCUGGGACGGCGCUAACGGAGAACCAAUCGUGUAUCACGGACACACGUUCACCUCCAGGAUCCUCUUCAAGGACGUGGUCACCGCUGUGGGCAACUACGCCUUCAAGGUGUCGGAGUACCCUGUCAUCCUGUCCAUGGAGAACCACUGCAGCGUUGAGCAGCAGAGAGUCAUGGCCCGACACCUCAACCAAAUCCUCGGAGACAAACUGCUGAAAAGCACAUUAAACGGCAAAGCCGCCGUCGGCCUGCCGUCUCCGGAGGAUCUGAAGGGGAAGAUUCUGCUGAAGGCGAAGAAACUCGGCGGUCUGGAGGAGAGUUUCAGCAGCACGGCGGACGACUCUCAGACGGGAGAGGUGAGCGAUGACGACGAGGCCGAGAUGGAAGAAGAUAGCGUCCACCGCCAAAGCGUCCGCCACAAGGGCAAAAAGAAGUCGAAGCAGCGUCUGUCCAAGGAGUUGUCCGACUGCGUUGUCUACUGCAAAAGCGUCCACUUCAGCAACUUCAAACACGCGCACGUCCACUCCAAGUUCUACGAGGUGGUGUCUUUCACCGAGUCCAAGGCCCGGAGACACCUGCGAGACACUGGCGCUGAGUUUGUGCACCAUAACUGCCGGCAGCUGACCCGGGUUUAUCCUAGCGGCUUCCGGACCGACUCCUCCAACUUUAACCCUCAGGAAAUGUGGAACGCCGGCUGCCAGAUUGUCGCGCUGAACUUCCAGACGGCGGGCGAGGGGAUGGACCUGAACGACGGGAUGUUCAGGCAGAACGGCGGCUGUGGCUACGUCCUGAAGCCCGGCUUCAUGAGAGACGCCGAGAAAACCUUCGACCCCGAGACUCGCCAGAAACGGGACGGCAGCCCCCCGGUGGUCCUCACCAUCCAGGUACUCAGCGGUCAGCAGCUUCCCAAAGUCAACAUGAAGGAGGACUCGAUCGUGGACCCGCUGGUCCGAGUGGAGAUCUACGGGGUUCCUGUGGACCAGAACAGACAGGAGACCCGAUACAUAGACAACAACGGGUUUAACCCCGUGUGGUACGACACGCUGCGCUUCACCGUGCACGCCCCUGAGCUCGCCAUGGUGCGCUUCGUGGUCGAGGACUACGACAAGACCUCCAAAAACGACUUCGUGGGUCAGUACACGCUGCCGCUGGGCUGCAUGCAGCAAGGUUAUCGACAUAUUCACCUGUUGUCCAAAGACGGAACCAGUAUUCCUCCCUCAUCCCUAUUCGUCCACAUCCGGAUCACAGACGUGGAGUAACCCUUCUCAGCUUUUCUUCCCAUGACUUCAUUCCUCUUUAACUCACAAAAUAGUAUUUAUUCUUGUUGUAAUCUGAAUAAAUACUACGCCAAAUGUUUUGUGUUCGCAGCAGGUGGAACGAGAUGUGCAUGGUUUUCCGUGUGUGUAACUUGUUCCUGUGAUUGACCUUUGAACUUUGUUGUGACUGUAACGCUCAAUCGCUGAAUGUUGAAAUGCUGAAAACACUAAAACGAUCAAACCAAUGAAACGCUGACAUCUUUAAAUCGGAUACAGGGGUACUUUGGAAUUUGGGUUUGGUACUCUCAUUUCCAAGUUAGCCGGUGUGGUAUUUAUCAGUGGAGACCGUUGUCAACACGUUCCAUCCAGUCCUUCUGGUUGCAGAGAUCGCUGGUGCUAGGCUAGCGCAAGUCAAUAGUAACUGCUAGCCUGCCACUGAAAACAAGACAGCUAGUAGUAGCCUCCAUUGGUGUUGGAUUGGAAACUAAGGACUAGGCAACAUGGUGUUUCAGCAUGCGUGUCCAGAAAGGAACCAACUGCUGCUGGCUUGGACAUCAAGACGCCGGCCGAGACUGGACUCGGGUGACCAGUGAGUAGGGAUCAUUUUAGACCAGACCACUUUGAAACCCCCGCAGUCUAAAGGCCCACGCUGACAGUGAUAGGGUUAGCACCAACAGCUACUGAUGAACAGGUCUCAUCCUCUGGUAGGCUACUCUAGCCAAUAGAGCUAGCCCCAAUCAUAACGUUCCUCGGUCGCCAUGGUAAUAUCAGUCCGCCGCUGCUGUAGCCUACCAGUUACAGGGACCAAAGUUCAAAGUCCAGGUUUAAUUGCUGACAUUAUUCUAUAAGAAGAUAUUUCCAUGUAUAGUCUGGCGUGGAGUGGGUAAGACUAGCAUGAACGGGGUCUCUAGAAGGUCUGGGUAAGACUAGCAUGAACCGGGUCUCUAGAAGGUCUGGGUAAGACUAGCAUGAACCGGGUCUCUAGAAGGUCUGGGUAAGACUAGCAUGAACCGGGUCUCUAGAAGGUCUGGGUAAGACUAGCAUGAACCGGGUCUCUAGAAGGUCUGGGUAAGACUAGCAUGAACCGGGUCUCUAGAAGGUCUGGGUAAGACUCUGCUACCCCACCCACCUUAAAUGAUGAAAUGAGGUCCUGUGUCUGAAUACUUCCCACCAUACUACCCCCCCCCCCCAUGCUGAAUGACAUGUUUAGCCGGAGAGAAGAAUGUGCCACCAAUGUGUUUCUUGUCAGUAUUUUCUGUUGUGAUUUGCGAAGUUCUUCAUAAAAAGUGUUUGAGAUUGGUUAGAUUCAUAUUUAUUAAUAACUGCUCCAGUAAUGUUUAACUCCAAACAUUUUAAAUCUACUUUCAUUAGCAAACAAUCUGCUUGGUUCGCUUUGCUUUUUGUUUCUCGUUUCCCAACUUUAUGCUUGUUUCUUCAGACGUUUUGUCGCUUUUGAGUCCUUUUGUCUAAUAUUUAGUUUAAUAUUUCUGACUUUUAUGAUUGUUUUCAUGAUUGUAAAUUGUUUUUGGAUGUUAAUAAGAUAAGUUAAAUUAUAUUCACGAGA